GAGAGAGGCAGAGGGACAGAGAAAUGGACUGUGUCCAGAGCAGACGGACUACCCAAGGCCCCUCAGGAGCCCUGUGUCGCUCAGGCCUCUGCUGUGUGCCCAGGGACGGGGGCAGGCCGAGCUCUCGCAUGAACCACUCACCACAUCUGUCUGCUGCAGCCUGCGCUGACCCACUGGCUGCCUGGAAGCGUCCCUGUGCUCCUCGAUAAGGCCCCUGCUUCUUCCUGGCAGAUGAAAUGCGUCCUGGUGGCCACUGAGGGCGCCGAGGUCCUCUUCUACUGGACAGACAAGGAGUUUGAAAAGAGUCUCCGGCUGAAGUUCAGGCAGUCAGAGAAUGAAGAAGAAGAGCUCCCCGCGCUGGAGGACCAGCUCAGCAUGCUGCUGGCCCCUGUCAUCAUCUCCUCCAUGACGAUGCUAGAGAAGCUCUCGGACACCUACACCUGCUUCUCAACGCAAAAUGGCGACCACCUGUAUGUCCUUCACCUGUUUGGUGAAUGCCUGUUCAUCGCCAUCAACGGAGACCACACAGAGAGCGAGGUCGACCUGCGGCGCAAGCUAUGCGUGCUCAAAUACCUGUUCGAGGUACACUUCGGGCUGGUCACCGUGGACAGCCAGCUCAUCCGGAAGGAACUGCGGCCCCCGGACCUGGAGCAGCGAGUGCAGGUGUGGAAGCGUUUCCAAAGCCUGCUGUGGACCUACAGCCGCCUGCGGGAGCAGGAGCAGUGCUUUGCUGUGGAGGCUGUGGAGCGGCUGAUUCACCCUCAGCUCUGUGAGCUGUGCAUUGAGGCGCUGGAGCGGCACUGCGUCCAGGCCGUCAACAGCAGCCCCGAGCGGGCUGGUGAGGAAGCCCUACAUGCCUUCCUGCUUGUGCACUCCAAGCUGCUGGCCUUCUACUCCAGCCACAGUGCCAGCUCCCUGCGCCCGGCCGACCUGCUUGCCCUCAUCCUCCUGGUUCAGGACCUGUACCCCAGCGAGAGCACAGCGGAGGAUGACAGUGACACUCAGCCUUCCCUACGGAGACCCCAGAGCAGCCAGACCCUCCCCGUGCAGCAGGCCUGGCGCCCUUUCCCUGCAGGCAUGCGCGGGAACAGUUCCGUGGAAACGGAGGACACAGACAGCCUUUCCCUCCUGGAGGAGUACUUCACGCCGGCUCCAUCCCCCGGGGAACAGAGCUCAGGGAGCACUGUCUGGCUGGAGGGGGGCACCCCACCCACCGAUGCUCCACAGAUAGCUGAAGACACCUUUGAGACACUGGUUCCUCCUUCCCCAACGCCCUCUGGCCCCAGGAGAAUCUUCCUAGAUGCCAACGUGAAAGACAACUACUGCCCCUUGGUGCCCCACACCAUGUACUGCCUGCCCCUGUGGCCCGGCAUCAACAUGGUGCUCCUGACCAAGAGCCCCAGCACACCUCUGGCCCUGGUGCUGUACCAGCUGCUGGAUGGCUUUUCCCUGCUGGAGAAGAAGCUGAAGGAGGGCCAGGAGGCUGGCAGUGCACUGCGGUCCCAGCCGCUCAUGGGAGAGCUGCGUCAGAGAAUGGACAAGUUCGUCAAGAGUCGAAGUGGGCAGGAGAUGCAGAGCACCUGGUUGGAGUUCAAGACCAAGGCCUUCUCCAAAACUGAGCCAGGAUCAUCAUGGGAGCUGCUCCAGGCAUGCGGGAAGGUGAAGCGGCAGCUGUGUACCAUCUACCGCCUCAGCUUCUUGAACACAGCGCCAGACAGGGGCGGCCCCCAGCUGCCACAGCACCUGCAGGACCAGGCCCAGAAGCUCCUACAGGAGAAGCUGAGCGACUGGAAGGACUUUCUGCUGGUGAAAAGCAGGAGGAACGUCACCAUGGUGUCCUACCUGGAAGACUUCCCGGGCUUGGUGCACUUCAUCUACAUAGACCGCACCACUGGGCACAUGGUGGCGCCAUCCCUCAGCAGCAGUGACAAGACGUCCUCAGAGCUGGGCAGGGGGCCCCUGGCUGCCUUCGUCAAAACCAAGGUCUGGGCUCUGAUCCGGCUGGCGCGCAGGUACCUGCAGAAGGGCUACACCACGCUGCUGUUCCAGGAGGGGGACUUCUACUGCUCCUACUUCCUGUGGUUCGAGAAUGACAUGGGGUACAAGCUGCAGAUAAUUGAGGUGCCUGUCCUCUCUGAUGAUGCGGUCCCCAUUGGCAUGCUGGGAGGCAACUACUACAGGAAGCUGCUGCGCUACUACAGCAAGAGCCAUCCAACUGAGGCCGUAAGGUGCUACGAGCUGCUGGCCCUGCACCUGUCAGUCAUCCCCAUGGACCUGCUGGUGCAGCAGGCCAGCCAGCUGGCCCGACGCCUGGGGGAAUCCUCCCGUGUCCCCCUGCCCUAGUCCCACUGUGUGCUGGUGGCACAGUCUGCCUCUUCACCUUCCAGCAGUCCACCUGUGUUUGCCAGUGUUCACCACAGCAAAAACCUGUUCCUGGCCAUGGUGGCAUCUUGAGUGGAGGUCAAGGCCACAGGCUUCCCUGAACUCCACCUGGACCACCAGGAGGACUGUCCAGCCCUUCCCUCUGGAGGGAAGGUCAAGACAUGGGUUUUCAGUUAUCUCCCUCUGAAAAUAGUGGCUGUGGCCCUGGGCCAGGAGGAGGAUGGAGGGGAGUCCCCAGUGCGGGACCCCUCUGUUUGCACUGUUGUCUGAGCAGAGGAAGCUGCUUCAUGCCCCAGGCACAGGGGUUUCAUUGGUGAGGCUCCAGUUCCAGCUGUGCCACCACCUCACUGGGCUCUGGGCAAAUUUCUGAGACUUUGCACCUGCUCCCCGACACUUAGAGAAUUGCCAAGUGUGUGUUCAGUGCUCAAUAAAUGUUACUAAUUGUCACCA